UUUUUCUGUUUAUACUAGUAUUUUUUUCAUAACAAAACUUCAACACACGCAAGUACCAAAGAUAAAUCUAAUUAGAUUUUGCUUGAUCCCCCCGACGCCCACUCAACUUAGCAGGCUAGGAGCUUCAGCUUUGUAUAUACGGAGUACGUAUAUACCAGGUAGUUAGGGAUGCUUCGAUCGGGGACAUGUAAUCAUAUAUCAAUCGGCAUCCCUUCGCAUGGUUAUUUGGUUAGCGCAAGAGCAGCUCCGAGCAUACUUGGUGCGUGCGUUAAAUCCAAGAAAUGGAAAAUGCAUUCAAUUGAUCAUCCGAAUCAUGACCUAAUGUUCAAUGAUGACGAAAAGAAAGAGUGGGAUUCUUGCAGACAAGCUUUCUCGUCAUUCAAAUUCAGUGCUGAGGAAGAAGACAAGAUACUUGGAAAAGCAUUUGGACAUAUCCAUACACCAUAUUGGUAUGACGAACGGAAGAAAGAGAUUCCACGACUUGAAGCCGUGAAUGAAACCUUAAAUUACCUAAGGAUGAAUUUGAACCUCACCGAUGAUGACAUCUGCAAAGUUCUUAAGAAGUUUCCGGAGGUUCUUGGAUGUAGACUUGAGGAAGAAUUGAAGAACAAUGUGCAAGUUUUGGCAAAGCAAUGGGGGAUUGAAGGUAAAUCUUUAAGAAACCUCCUCCUUCGCAACCCCAAGGUGUUGGGUUUCAAUGUUGACUGCAAGGGAGAUUGUGUCGCCAAAUGUACACGCUGUUGGUCCAGGUUUUAAUUGGCUCGUUCGAUCACUCUUAUCAUCCAUCAUUAUAUCAUUUCAAUCUGUAGAUAUGUGUGUUUAUGGGUGCUCUUUUUUACACCAUUCUUGUUUGCGAGUAAUUUUUAUGAGAUCAGUGAAGUGCUUACCAUUUUGGAAUACAUACACUGUAACCUAGAUAUAGUAUAUAUUCAAUAAUAUUGUCAAGUUUGAU